AUGCUAAAAAAUAUUUAUGAAUGGAUAAAUUAUAAUUGUAAAAUUGGAGAUUUAGGAUUAUCUCGACCUGCAAAUGAUACCUCAUCGGAUAAUGGAAUUUAUGGAGUAAUACUACCUUAUAUUGCACCAGAAAUAUUUAAAGGGUCUGCAUUUUCAAAAGAAUCUGAUGUUUAUAAUUUGGGUAUGAUUAUGUGGGAACUUACGACAGGCUGUAAGCCAUUUGCUAACGUUAAAGAUAAUAUUCAUCUGAUUAUACAAAUUAUUGAUGGAGAGCGGCCUGAAAUCAUUACAGAAGAUACACUGGAAUGUUAUGCUAAUUUAAUGAAAAGUUGUUGGGACCCUGAUCCCCCGAAAAGGCCUUCUAUAAGUGACAUUAAUAAUAUUUGUGAAAACAUUGUAUUGUGA